CCGUUGUCAGGGUAUGACCGUAGGACCGCGUCGUGUCACCAAAGAGGAACGUCUUUCACGUCACCUCGAACGAACGUAUCUCUCGCGAUUUUGGACGAGUGUUUGGCAUCGUGAUCCGAAAAAAAAAGAGAAAAAAACCGCGUCGUCAGUUAACUUGCAACAUCUCAAAACAAUUGACUGGUUUGAUCCCUCAAAUGGGCGUCCAAACAGACCAGACUCUCCCAUCUGAGGGUCGAUCCACCCGCAAGCGCACUCGGGAGGAGCUUGAGAAGAAUGGAUCAUCGUCGUCAUCGGCAGCCCAUCACGCAAGCUCUUCCUCCCAAUCCUGUGCUAAAGCGUCGCCGACGAAGCGACCCAAGAUUGCCGAUGUCUCAGAGGAGAAGCGGCUGAGGAGAUUCCGAACACAGCCGCCUCAGGCCUUUUAUGAUGUGUACGAUCGCGCAACCUCGCAGCGUUUCUUCGUCCUCGGCCGGACCCGGUGUGGGAACGACUCCAGCCCAGAGGAAGUGGUCGAGUUGACCGGUUCCACCGGCAACAUCUAUCAUGUUCACAUCGCUCAACAGCCAACAUGUGACUGUCCUCACGCCUUGGCCGGUAACCAAUGCAAGCAUUGGCUCUUUGUCAUGUCUCGUGUGCUUCAUGCUCGCUUCGAAUUCAUUUACCAGCUCGCCCUGCUCGACAGUGAGCUCCGCGAGAUCUUUGCCAAGGCACCGCCGCCACUUGGCGAGUCAGGGACAGUACCAAAAUCGUCGAAAGACAGCAAGAAUCGCAAGCCGAUCGAGGGCGAUUGCCCAAUAUGCUUCGACGAGCUUUUGGCGGCAGUCGAAGUCGAGGGUAGCACGAAACUUGAUCAUUCCGCGAUUGUCUGGUGCAGAGCAGCUUGCGGACAGAACAUGCAUAAGCAGUGCUUCCGUAUGUGGUCCGCUACCAAGAAAACUGGCAACAGAGGCGAAGGAAACGUUACUUGCCCGUUCUGCCGCAGCCAGUGGCUCGGAGAUGAUGAUUUGGUCAAGGACAUCAAGAAGGACGGUCCGUUAAACUGUGAAGGAUAUGUCAAUGUUGCCGAUCAGUUAGGCAUCGACCCCGAGAGAGAUCACUCAUCUUACUCUUCUUGGUAUUCUGGCUAUUCGCGGAAUUACCGGCGACGUUAUCGCUGGUAACGAGAUGACUAUCAACUGUGUCGCUUCAGGCCCAUGCAAGAUUUACUCCAGCUUUCGCAUUAGUCGGGGAAUCUAGUCAUUCUCUGCGCCGGAAAUUGAUACAUCAGCUGCCCCCGAGCCUAUCAGAACAAGAUUGGAUCUCUACUUUAUGGAGAAGCUGCGACUGUUUGUCAAUCCCAAGCCAGAGAUGAUUGCAGCAGGGCCUGGUCUAUCACUGGCUGGGCUAACUCAGGGACAGAAGUGUGCCACGAGUUGGGCAGACUCUAAUCAGGCAGGGCAUAGCCAGACUUUGAUCCUAGGAGUGAGAUGUCGGUAGGGGCGAAGUGUUGUCGGCAUCUCUGGUAUGCUUUCAACGCUUUGGAUCAUGCACGACUGACUGGUCACAGGCUUCGAUACUUGCAAUGUUCCACGAUGCGGCUACGCAAUUCACAGCUCUCUCCCGGUACGCUUUUCAAUUGAUAUAUCACAAGCUGCAUGCAGACCAAGUGUAUAGGUAGGUAUAUAUCCGGCAAAAUCAUAUUGUCGUCUAGUCGGAAAAUUCGCCAGACGAAAUUCCUGAUAUUCAUCUAGGGUCGACAGCUAGGUGGCAGCCUUCCGAUACUUUAGGCUUCUUAAGACCGGUGUUCUCUUUUGUUUAUGAUAUGAGCAUUACGUUCGACCUUGUCAUCCGAACCAAUAUCAGAUAUCUAUUUGCCCUUAGAUGAAAUGACCUCAGUGGACAUUUGUGCUCUUGAGUAUCAGCUCGGCGGCCUUCUCAGCCACAGCGUACACUGUCCACUGGGUGUGGGCCGCAGGGAGGAGUGGCAUGAUGCUCGCGUCGACGACUCGCAAGCCGCUGACGCCAUAUACUGCCAUGGUCUUGGAGUCUACCACGCCGCCCAGAUGGUGGGGAGCCAUGGCUGCCGUUCCCACGGGAUGAUCAAAACUCGGGACGACCAUGCUCUCGCGCAACAUUGCCUCGAGACUCACUGGGUCGUCUGUACCGGGGCCAGGGGUGAUCUCCACCGGCUUGAGUAUCUCGACCACGGACGGCGCGGCCAUGAACUUACGCACACGCGCCACACCCUGGACGAGCAUCUGGACGUCGACUGGGUUGGACAAAGAUGCGUAAUCAAUGAUGGGUGGCGUCGAUGGGUCGGCCCCCGUGGUGUUGGUGAUGGUGAUGGUACCCCUGGAAAAUGGCUUCUGCAGUGCCGUCACAAUUGACUUGUCGCCGCCAAAAGUGAUCUCGUAUAUUCCAUACUUGGGAUUUGUGUAGCCUUGUCUCAUGACGGCUCGCUGAGCAAGGAAGCCGGCCAAGAGAGACGUGUUAUCAGCGUAGACGGCCGGGAGGUGGGCAAGGGCAUCCUGGCUGUCGAUGCUGUCGAGCACUUCCUGGGGGUUGCUUACGAGAUCUUGUAGGGACUGGAACACGAUUUUGUUGCCCCAUGCAUGACUGAGAGGCCCGGUCCGGUUGGCGCGGUACUCGGCCCAUGCUGCAUCGCGAAAGGUGGCGUUCUCUUGCAUACUGCUUGGGUUUGGCUUCGUGUCGUUGAGAAAGUCAUAUAUCACGAAGACGGCCGGGUGAUCUUGAAAGUUGGCGCCAACGCCAGGAAGAUCCGCGACGACAUGGAUACCAAUGGAUUCAAGAUGGGAGGCAUGGCCAAUACCACUGAGCUGCAGGAUCCGAGGGGUGUUUAUGGCACCCGCUGCGAGUAUGACUUCUUUGGCCUGAACCACAACGGGCCUGUCAACCAGCGAGUGAUCUUCGUCUCUGCUGUGGAUGGCGACGCCGGUGACGGCUUGCUCACUGUCAAAAAGGAUCCUACCACCGUAGUGUCGCACCAGCAGGUCGAGGUUGUCACGCGCACUGACUGGGUCGUAGUAGGCGGUUGUCGACGUCGACCGCGUGCCCUUGACCACGUCGCUGUUCUGCGGCAGCCAUGAGAUACCGACGUUGUUGCCGCCCGCACCAUCGCGCCGCAUGGGUUCUCGCAGGUCAUCGGUCCAUGCAGCGGCCUGCAUCGCGGCGGCCGGCCACUGCCACGGCGGGAGUGUCACGUUGACCAUGCCGUCAUCUGCGUAGGCCUCGGGCGUCCAAGUGUAGUUGUACCGCUUCACAAAGUCCUUGCCAGGUGGCGUGAAGACGGCGGCCUUCCGCAGGUAUGGCCUCAGCCCGUCCCAGCCCCAACCAGGGUUUCCCAAGGCCUCCCAUGCAUCAUAAUCCGCUGCAGAUCCGCAGUCCCAAGCCAUGCCGUUGACAGUCGAGCUGCCGCCCACGGCGUUUCCUAUGCGGGCGUUGAAGGUACGCCCCGCAAGUUCUUUCUGCGGUGUCGAGGUCAUGUUUUGGUAUAGACGCGAGCUCUGGUCGCCUGUCGUGAGCAGCGGGAUGCUUGUCUCAUCGCUGCGUUCAAAGUCUCCGUACUCGAUGACCAGAACCGUCUUGGUCGGAUCGGCGCUGAGGCGGUUGGCGAGCACCAGUCCGCUUGUCCCACCACCGACAAUGACAUAGUCAUAACCUUCAGAAUGCAGCGAAGACCUAGAGUGCUUGACACCGCCGGCUAGGGCACGAGCGGUGCAGAAACCUGAGAUGAGGUAAAUGAAACGAUUAUUUUUAACCAUCAUUACUUUU